AUGGAGUUGAACAGGAAACCAAGAAAAUUGGCUUGCAUAUCAUGUAGGAAACGUAGACGGAAAUGUGAUAUGCAGCAGCCAUGUUCAAACUGUGCUCGUAAUGAUGCUGAAUGUAUAUUCACAAAUCAAGAUUUACGAAGAAAUAGAUACUCGACAAGCUAUGUGAAGGCCCUGGAGGCACAUAUUGCUUAUCUAGAAUCCUCUUUGAGGCAGAUCAAGAAUACUGCAGAUCCCAAACAAAGAGGUAUAUUAUUGAAUGAAAUAAAUUUAGAUAAUACUGAGACUCCAAAUAAAGAUAUGACUUUUCAACAAAAUCCAUUAGCAACUUUGGUGAAAACAGAAACUAGCACAGUUGAUAAUAAAAAUGGUGAAAAUAUCAACGGGAGACGCUCAGAUACUUCGUCCAGAGAACCAAGUAUUAACUAUAUUACUACAUCGACAACAAGGCCCGGAUUACACCAAAGAUCUAGAUCACCAUCGCCAUUACCGACAGUAGGUAGUGGUACCAACAGUAUAUACCCAACAAAUUCAUUAUCGAUAUCAAAUAAGAAAAGAAGAAUUGAACAUAAGAGACAAAUGCAAGUAAAUUUGAAAAAUUUGUCAAGAUCUCCUCUUAUCCUGAAAUCUUUUUCAUUAUUCUUUAAAUGGUCAUACCCUGGUCAUUAUAUGUUCAUUCAUAGAGAAACAUUUCUAAGUGCAUUUUUUGGAGAUGAAUCUACAAAGAAUUAUUAUUGUUCAGAAGAAUUAGUCUAUGCUAUUGCAGCAUUGGGGAGUAAAGCUUCAAAAAAAUCAGAAGAGUUGUAUGAACAAAGAGAUAUAUAUUAUCACCAUGCAAAAUCCAUUGUGUUAAAAAAAAUAUUUCAGUUAGAAGACAAAUCACUUGCUGAGUCUACAUCGUCAUCAAAAUUAGCCAUUAUUCAAACAUUAUUAUGCCUUGCAUUCUAUGAUAUUGGGUCUGGGGAAAAUCCAAUGGCUUGGUAUCUUUCUGGGUUAGCCUUCAGAAUAUCUCACGAAAUAGGUUUACAUUUAAAUCCCAAGGCUUGGGAUAAUGUCUAUGAAGAUGAAUUGUCAAAGAUGGAUAUCGAAGUGAGAAGUAGAAUAUAUUGGGGAUGUUAUAUUGCAGAUCAUUUGAUAUCUGUUUUAUUUGGUAGAUCUACAUCUUUAAGGCUUUCAAAUUCAACAGUUCCAGAGACAGAUGAAUUACCAGAUAUAGAAACUGGUAUUGAAGACUAUAUUUAUAAUCCAGGUGAAGCAUUAUGCAUGGCUAAUCCCUUGAAAAAAUUAAUCAUUCUUUCCAGAAUAACAGAAAUUUUUGCCAAGAAGAUUUUCAUUCAAACAGAAACGAUAGAGCAAAGAAUUGGUUAUUUAACAAAAUUUAAUUCAGAGGCAAUGAUUUGGAGAAAUGAUUUAAAUGAUGAAUUACAAUGGGAUAAACAAUCCUUGGAAAAAUUAGAGACUCUGAAUAUUACUACAGUAUACGUAUGGUAUCAUUAUUACAUUGUCAUUAUCUCUUAUAAUAAACCAUUCUUAUUUGAAUCCUCCCAAUCUAGAAAAUUAAUUAAGGAUUGUAUCUAUGAAUUGCAUGCAUUAUUAAAUGUAUGGAAAAAAAGAUUUGGCACGUUUGAACGUUGUAAUCUUUACAUGGUUUACUCUGCUAUUUUGUCGAUUCAAUGUAUGGAUGUGGAGUCAAUCAAAGAUAAUGUAUACAAUGAUUUUGAAGAUUUCUUGAAGUCUGAUACUUUGAAUUAUGAAGUAGCUAAGAAGUUCAUUGAAAGUAGCAAGAACAUGGAAAAUAACAACGAAUUUAAUUCUGAAUUUACAGAUUUGUUAGGCUCUUUAUCUCACGGUACAGAUUUUGCCUUGGAGUAUAAUUUUGACUUCACAUUAUUGAAUGAGAUUGAUAACUUAAUUACUAGUAACCAUAAUACGCAUACACUUACAGAGGAAUCAAAAUUGUAA